AUGGCUCUCCCCUUGCUUGUCGUGCGUCUCUUGUACAGUUUGAUUAGCGACUUUGGCAACAACACUCAUUUCUCUUUGAUCAAUGGCAAUAUUGAAGAACUAAUCAUUCUCUUGAUGUAUACUAUCCUGGGCGUGAUCACAGCCAAGUGUACUGUUGGCACUGCUGCUAAACAGGGAAACUACGCAACCGGGGAUGUUGAAUAUGGUAUUCAGCAAAGCAAUGGGCGUCCGAUCCGACAUAUGUUCAAUCUACACAUGCCCAGUCGGCAUCUCAGGAAGCAUACAGUCAACAGUAUGCCCGGCGAUCCUUGCAGCCUCCGUUGA